AACACGCACUAUGACAACCGGAAGCACGUGUUUCAUUCAGUGAUUGGGAUUGUGAACGUGAUUAUUUUCUGAGGAAACACUCUUAUAAGCUAAGUAUGACGGAGGAGACAGACUCAGACAUGUCGGAUGAGAAGAGAAUUCUGGCUCAGUUCAAGAGUGAAAAUGGAGAUGUUACAGGAAAUGCAUUUGAUUUACCUUUGAAUAUCACAGCAGAGAAACUUCAGUUGAUCUGCAAUGCUAUGUUAACCAAUGAAGAUCCUAUCCCAUACUCCUUUUUUGUCAAUGAUGUUGAAGUGAGUGAUACCCUGGUGAAGGCGCUUGACAAUAAAGCCUUAGAGGACAGAGAGCAGGUCCUGGAUAUAGUGUAUCUGCCCCAGGCUAUAUUCAGAGUGAGGGCGGUAACGAGGUGCACUAGUACCAUUCCCGGCCAUGCCGAGGCUGUCAUCUCCGUAGCAUUCAGUCCAGACGGACGGUAUUUGGCGAGUGGUUCUGGAGAUACAACUGUACGUUUCUGGGAUGUGCAAACGGAAACUCCUCACCAUACCUGUAAAGGUCACAAGCACUGGGUGUUGUGCAUAGCUUGGUCACCUGAUGGAAGAAAGUUAGCUUCAGGUUGUAAGAACAGCCAGAUCUGUGUAUGGGACCCAGAAACUGGUCAACAGAAAGGGAAGACAUUGACAGGGCAUAAACAGUGGAUAACAUGGCUGGCAUGGAAACCUUUUCAUCUAGAUGCAGAUUGCAGAUUCCUUGCAAGCAGUUCCAAAGAUGGCAGUGUAAAGAUUUGGGAUACUUUGAUGAGCCAAUGUCACAUCACUUUAUCAGGUCACCUGCAAUCUGUCACAUGUAUCAAAUGGGGUGGAGCUAACCUCAUAUACUCCGCCUCCCAGGACAGGACAGUGAAAGUGUGGAGAGCAGAGGAUGGAGUUUUGUGUAGGACAUUACAAGGUCAUGGUCACUGGGUCAACAUCCUGGCACUUAGCACUGAUUACGUCAUGAGAACAGGAGCAUUUGAACCAGCUAAUGCUACAAUAGUACCUCGAGACACUGAAGAAUCAGCUGAGAGUUUGUCCAAAGUUGCAAAGGAAAGAUAUGAAAAAGCAAAGGGGAAUGGUCCUGAGAGACUUGUAUCGGGCUCAGAUGAUUUCACUCUGUAUCUAUGGCAACCCAACGAGGACAAGAAACCAAUCACCAGAAUGACAGGACACCAGCAACUUAUCAAUGAUGUCCGGUUCUCUCCGGAUACCAGACUAAUAGCCAGUGCCUCGUUUGAUAAAUCUUGUAAACUUUGGGAUGGAAGAAACGGAAAGUUUUUAGCAACAUUCAGGGGUCAUGUGAACCGUGUGUACCAAGUGGCCUGGUCAGCUGAUAGUCGACUUGUGUGUAGCGGAAGUUCUGACUCCACUCUCAAGGUGUGGGACAUCAAACAGAAAAAGCUUCUACUUGACCUCCCAGGCCAUGCAGAUGAGGUGUAUGCUGUGGACUGGAGUCCAGAUGGACAGAGGGUUGCAAGUGGGGGGAAAGACAAAGUUCUUAAAAUAUGGAGAAAGUAACAGAAGGAAAGACAACAGAUGCCUACAUGUACUGUACUAUGAUAAGCAUGAGGGGAAGAAGAAUACAGCCAUUAAAGAGACUUGUAUUUAUAUAUGUACAUGUACAUGAAUAUAUGUAUUUAGAUAUAUGUAUUCAAUAGUC